AUGAGUAGUCAUUUAUCUGUCCGUGAUCGUAGGCGUAUUAUUUCAUUAAAUAUUGAUCAAGGAGUCAAUGUACAUGAAAUAGCUCGUCGGAUACCUUGUAGUAUUAAUCCUCGAACAAUUCGAAAUUAUCGUUCAUCAUUAGGUUUUCGUCCAGUUCAUGCACGAAGUCAACCGUUAAUUAAUGCAAGACAUGCACAAGAACGAUUAACUUUUUGUUUAUCAUAUGCAGCGGCUCACUGUGAUAAUGUCAGCUUUAGUGCCGAAAAGACUUUUGAAGUAGAUAUUUCUGGUGUAGUCUAUUGGAUUCCAGCUACGCGUUCAAGACCAACACAUUUUCAAAAUCAAAUUCAAUUUCAUGUCGUAAUAUUUGGAGCGAUAUGGUUCGAUGGACGAUCCAAUUUAGUUUUCAUUCAUGGUCGAACAAAUACUACAACUUAUGUUGGAUAUCUUCAAGCAGCAUUUCGUUCAUAUUUACGCCAACUGAGCGGAUAUUAUUUCAUUCAUGAUCGUCCAACAUGGGCAUAUAUUGUUCUUGCGCAUGAUUGGUUGCGUCGUAAACGUAUUAGGUACUUGGACAAUUUUCCGGCUGUCAGUCCUGAUCUUAACGCCAUUGAGAGCGUUUGGUCUUGGAUGAAUCAGUAUACACAAAGAAAUUAUCCAAAUUCACAACAACAUUUAGAAAUAUUAGUUCAACAAGCAUGGAAUAUGAUUCCUCAAAACGUUAUACGUGGAUAUAUAAAUAAUGUACCUGUUAUUUGUCAAUAA